AUGGUGACAAUCAGUGCACACUCGAUCCUGCUCGGAUUGAUAUGCUGUUGUGGCGUGGUUUUUCCAUCGGCUACCGGGUUGGAAAAUCUGCUGACCAGUUUCGAAAUCCGCCAUGGGUACGUCUACCCGACCAGUGUGACCGUGGCGGAGGGUGAAGUGAUGCACCUGCGUUUACUCGUGCCGAUGCAAAAUGGUGACCGUUGCCUUUACCGCGAGCCCGGCUCAUCCGUUGACAUUGACGUGCACGCCAGCAACGACGAUGAUAGGAAUGUGGCGCGCCGUAAACGCCGCAACGUUAACGGCGAACCGGAGCUGCUGCGUAUCCUCGAGAACGAGUGUGGCAUACGAGUUAAUCCGGUGCACCAGAGCGAUGCCGGAUUCUGGCGUCUGACGUUAGUCCGUGGGACGGACCGCAUACGGGGCGUUUCGAUGGUGGAUGUGAUCGAGCGUCCGUCGGUGCCGGAGGUGGGCGUCGGCGGUGGUGCCAGUGUGAGUUCGCUCGAUGAAAUCAGCCCCGAGCGCACGGAAUAUUGUUAUGUGCUGCGCCAGGGUGGAGCUAGCGAGAGACAAGUGCAACAUGAGGUUCCGAUGCACGAACGGUGCAAGCUGCCGUUGAGUUCUACUGAUCCAACCGGUGCCGGUGUGUGGAACGUCAUCGCCGGGGUACGGGGACAAAUGCGCGAGAUGACUUACGGGAUACAGAUCGAGAACAAAGAUGAGCAAAUCAUUACGACAUUGCACAGAGAACCCGAUUACCACGUGCUGUCUUGCUACCUACGCUACACACAGCUUAUGCUCAAAUUCUGCCGCUUCGUACGGCUGUCGGACGGGUUUGGACUGAACGUCAUCCCAGGCAUCGCCACGUCCCGGUACGGCUACGUCGGGGAUGGCUUCGAGCGCAACGAGUGUGGGUUGGAAAUCCUCGAACCGGACGGUCUCGACAGGGGCGUAUGGAAGUGUCUCCUCGGCUACGGCGAUGAAACGAUUACGAAAGUGUCCGGUGCGAUCGUGGACAACUCCGACACGGCACUACCGUUGGCCAUCAUUGACCUGGACGCGACGGUCACGGCCCAGAACGAGUCGAGCGUUAGUCUGCAGUGCAACGCGAACAAACCAAUCGACUACUGCUGGUUCCGGGGACCGCAUGGACAGUUCUACUCGCUCUCAGAGGGACUCUCGGAGGAGCGCGGUGCGGGUCACUACUGGUACAGCGGCAUUUCGCUCGCAAUGGGUGAAUGUGGCAUCGGGUUGGGCACAAUAAGCGACCACGAACAUGCCGGCCGGUGGCACUGCUACGUCGGCAAUGGGCACGUUUCGGCGCUGGAAGUGUCGGCCGGGUUUACCGUUCGCGUAUCGCCCUCGCAGAUGAUCGCCACGGCCGACACGGUCGACUCCGUGCUGGACUUUCCCGCACUGAUCGGGUGUGACUCCAUUCCGCGUGGUACACCCCUACAAUACUGUCGCUUCGUUACGCCCUCCGGGGAAGCAUUCAGCUUGAACGAAAACGUCACCUCCGAUCGGCCCGUUCUCGAGCGGUUCUACUCGAACCCGAACCAUAAUCUCGCUCGUGGCAGCUGUUCGCUCGUGAUCGCCUCGGUGCGCCAGGAAGACUUCGGGCAGUGGGUGUGUGCAGGCAAAAUCGAUGGACACGCGACGGAACACAUCGCCCAGCUGAUGCUGCACAAUCGGGACGAGGUGCCCGAACCGCCGGAAGAACCGGCACCGGCGAGUGAGCCACUUUCAGCCGCAUCAAUCACUGGAAUGGCGAUCGGAGCAGUGGCGGUGCUCGGUGGGGCCGUUGGACUCGGCUACUGGCAGUACCGCAAACGACUCCAGCGACAGGUCAGUGCCGUUAAUACAGAGAUAGAAAUGAGUCGACGCGAAUCGAGGGCUAGGAUCAGUGUGGUAAGCAGCGACAGUGGAAGUAGCACCAACAGCAACAUCGGCCGUCCUGUUACGCAAUCAUCGCUUUGA